AUGCCUCGAGGCCAAACCCUCAGCGGCAUCCAAUCAGCCACCACGAUCAGCCAUGUCCAAGAAGGCCUCUUUGCCCUGCAUGCUCAAGAAGACGAGAUCCUCUUCAAAUUGAACGCGAUCUCGGAUUGCCACAAAGAUGUGGAUCGCGAACUCAAUGUUCUCGAUGCUCUGCGCACCACCCUCAACGCCCAACUGAUCGACUCUCACAAGUUACAGCACGCUAUGCUGGCUGGUACGGCACACAAAGCCGAUCGCGUGUCGAAACGUGUUCAAGAGCUUGAGACCGAGAGAGAAAAGGUCGAGGACACACUCCGGAUGGUGGAGCAGGUCAUGGAGCUCAAGGCAUGUGUCGCCGGUGUUAUCGGCAGCAUGGGAGCCCCGCAAGACUGGGAAGCUGCCGCUCAAUAUCUUGUUCGGGCCUCGAAAAUCCCCGAGGAUGUUGUCCUUGGAGACUUUGCCGCCGCGGUAGUACCGACCAUCGAAGCCCCUGACCCACCUUGGAACACCCUUGAGAUUGCAAGAGAGAGCCUCUGUGCGCUAUUCUUGAGGCAGUUUGUGUCCGCCGCAGAGGAUGAGAACGUCGAUCAGUUGACUCGCUUUUUCAAAUUGUUCCCGCUCAUUGGUAGAGCCGAGGUCGGCCUUGACGUGUAUGCACGAUACAUAUGUCGAGGUGUGGCGAACGCAGCAAGGGAAACGCUGAAACAGGCGGGCACGAGUUCCAGGGACGUCUUUUUCUACGCCAACUGCCUCACCAAGCUUUUCGAACAUAUUGCACAGAUCGUGAAUAGCCAUAGUGGUCUCGUGAGACAACAUUAUGGAGCGAGCCAAGUGGUCAAAGUGAUUGAGAAACUACAAGCUGAGGCUGAUAUCCAGGGAGGUAUUAUUCUCGACGCAUGGGCCGAUGACAGGUCUGUGGACAGGAUGAUAUCCGACAUCAGAAGCUACCCGUUCGUAUUUCUGGUCCAAAGUAUUCUCGCCUGGCGACAAGGUCAAGGAGUGAAGGUCGAAACUGAAGCCGACCAAACAAGUAUUGACAUGAGGAUGAUGGACGAACUUGUGAGUGAAAUGACGGCUAUGCUGCAGCAGUGGUCGCUAUACUCUCGGUUUAUCGCACGCCAGAGCCAAGACGCUGAUUUGCCAGACGAUGGUUCCUUAGCCAUCCCUGAGUUUUUGGCAUCUUGUAAUUUAUCCCGCAAGGUCUCUGAGAAGCUGAACGCGCCUUACGGUAUCAUGGCGACCUUCUUUGUUCGUCGAUCGGUCGAACAGGCAUUCCAGACAGAUCUUGCUCCGACUGGACUGUCAUUGACCAAACCAAUCAGCGGCCAACCACCAUUCAUCAUCCAAGCAAUUGACGAUGUUAUGUAUGUGGUAGAUCUCGUCUUGCAGAAAGUCAUAACUGCAUCGAACCACGCGGUGGCGGCCUCGGCCAUACCGGAUAUAGGACGUGUUCUCGAGUCCGACCUCAUCGGCAUCAUACACAGACGUAUGCGGGAUGAAUAUCAUCCCGGCUCGAAUUCUCAGGGAAAUUUGACACUGGAAGACAAGGUCGUCAAGUUCAUCGUGAUGAUCAACAGCCUAGACAUCUCAGUCGAGUACCUGGGCAGACUUCUGCGAGCCCGAGCCGGCUUAGAAAGCGUGGAGCAAGAUCGUGGGCGCGAAUCCCCAUCGCUCAAGGACAGUUUUCCGUUCAACCGAGAGGCUGAGAAUGUCGCGCUUGCCCUGGACCGUAUGAACAAGGCCUUUUCUUCCAAGGUAAUCCCACUCCUUGAUGAAGGAAUUCAGGUACUCUUGGAUGAGGUGGUUAGGCUGGGUCUGCGACCGGUACUGGCCACCACAUUUCGGGAUAUUCACUACGAUGAACUUUCCGGUGACGAAGGGAUCGACCAGUUUGAAGACGAUGGGACCAACGGACCACUGCCCCGGGCUCUCGAGCGUUUUGAGGAGGGUUGGAAUCGCUUGAUGAAACCAUUAUCAAGAAUCAUGACCCCGAGAACAUACCAAGCUCUACUAGCGUUAACGGCAAAGCUUGUCGCUCGAAUUCUAGAGAAACGGCUGUGGAGCCUCUCAGGCCGCGUAAGCGCAUUCGGCGCCGUCAAGAUGGAGAGAGACUUUACUGGCAUGAUGGAUGUUGUCUCCAAAGGCAAUUACAGCGCUCGAGAGGUGUUUACCAGAGUGCAGCAGAUAUGCAUGGCUGCGAAUAUGGAUGACGAUGAGUGGGCCGAAGUCAUGGACGAGGAAGCCUGUGAUAUUGACUGGGUACUGACGCGAGACGAAAUGAGGAAAGCUCGACAGAUUGUAGUCGUAUAG